CCUCUGCGCCCUCUGUAUUGCUUAUCGCGUGCUUCCUUGUACACGAUCGCGACUGGACAUCUGUUUUUGUAGAGCAUAACACCCACCAACGUCUGUAGCAUAAAAUGGCGAGCGCAGGCCCUUCUUCCUCCACCCCGGAGCCGAUGCAGCAGGAUCAGGUCUCCCCGGACAACAUGACCUCCAAGGACUACUAUGCGGACUCGUACGCGCACUUCGGCAUCCACGAGGAGAUGUUGAAGGACACCGUCCGCACGGGCUCGUACCGCAAUGCGAUCGUGAACAACCCCCACUUGUUCAAGGACAAGCUCGUCCUCGACGUCGGCUGCGGUACGGGUAUCCUCAGCAUGUUCGCUGCCAAGGCGGGCGCGAAGCAUGUCGUCGGCGUUGACAUGUCCAACAUCAUCGACCAAGCCACCAAAAUUGUCGAGGCGAACGGCUUCAAAGACACCAUCACGCUCGUAAAGGGCAAGCUCGAGGAGGUAACCCUCCCCUUCGACAAAUUCGACAUCAUCAUCUCCGAGUGGAUGGGCUACUUCCUGCUCUACGAGUCCAUGCUCGACACCGUCCUGCUCGCGCGCGACAAGUACCUGAAGCCCGAUGGCCUGAUUUUCCCCGACGUCGCGACCAUGUACCUCGCCGCGAUCGAGGACUCCGAGUACAAGGACGAGAAGAUCAACUUCUGGGAUAACGUGUACGGGUUCGACUACUCGUGCAUCAAGGAGAUCGCGCUCCGCGAGCCGCUUGUCGACACCGUCGAGCUCAAGGCAGUCGUCACCGACCCUUGUCUCAUCAAGCACAUCGACCUCCGUACGGUCAAGAAGGAGGACCUCACGUUCACCGUGCCGUUCUCAUUAACGGGAACCCGGAACGACUACGCGCACGCGUUCCUUGCGUGGUUCGACAUCCUCUUCGACUGCACACACACCAAGGUCAAGUUCUCCACCGGUCCCCACGCAAAGUACACGCACUGGAAACAGACCGUGUUCUACACGCCCGACACGAUCACCGUCUCGGAGGGCCAGAAGAUCACCGGGCAGCUCUCGUGCGCGCCCAACGGGCGCAACCCGCGCGACCUCGACAUCGCGAUCACGUACGAGGCCGAGGGCGAGCCCGCGAAGGAGAUCCAGUACAAGAUCUGCGGGCUGCAGGCUGCGGGCGGGGCGCGGGGCGUACGCUGA